AUGGCAAUGAUUAAAUUGAUCGUGCUUCUUUUGAUUAUCUCUUCGACUUUUGUUGAUGCUCGAGCUCGUCGUAAACGACGUCAAUUAUCAUCAAGUUAUUAUGGUCAAAGUGGAUAUCCAUACUCAAAUACCUAUGGUGGUGGAUUAGGAACGUAUGGUACUGCUGGAUCGUAUGGUACAGCUGGAGGGUAUGGUACGGCUGGAGGGUAUGGUAGUGUUGGAUCAUAUCCUUACAAUAGUUAUGGUUCAAACUCCUAUAGUGGAAGCCAAUACGGUUCUAGCGCCAUAGGCCAGUAUGGUUCAGGUAUAGGGCAGUAUGGUGGUUCAUAUCCGUAUAGUAGUGGCGGCUUGUAUGGUCAGACGGGACAAGGAUAUCCAUACAAUCAGUAUAAUAAUAUGUAUGGUUCUAAUACUCAAUAUCCAUAUGGAUCAAACAACAACUACCAGUAUCCUAAUACUGGUGUAAGUGGCUAUAAUACUGGUAUCGGUGGUUAUAAUACUGGUGUUGGUGGCUAUAAUACUGGUGUCGGUGGCUAUAAUACUGGCGUCGGUGGCUAUAAUACUGGACAAUAUGGAGCGUAUGGAAGUAGUUUAUAUGGAUAUGGAAAUACAGGCCUAGGAACUAAUACAUACGGUUCUUAUGGUCAGAGUAAUCCUUGGUAUCGAACAUCACGAAGCGGUGAUAACAUACAAGGACGAUCGGGUGGUGCUCCCAACAGCAAACCAGAUGGUAUCAAUGGAAAUGCUAUUCGUCGACGACGUCAACAAUCAUCUGCAUCAUUAUAUGGAAAUCAAAAUCAAGCAGGUAAUAUACCUGCAGGAUAUAAUUAUGGAUCAAAUACGAAUUUAUAUGGUAACAACUUGAAUAAUCAAAAUCAGAAGGAUUUAUAUGGGAAUCCGGUUGUACCAUCGAAUACUGGUAAUACUAUGAAUAAUGUUGGUUUAAAUAAUCAACAACAGCAACAACAACAACAACAGCAGCAGCAGCAACAGAUAUAUGGAACAAAUGGUCAACCAAUAUCAAAUCCAUCAUAUGGUGCAAAUGGUUUUUAUCAGAGUAGUGGAACAAAUCAACUUUUACGUGAUACAAAUGUUAACAUGGGAAUGCGAGAUAGUAGUGGUAAUCUUAUACCAUCAGCUGGUUCUUCCUUAUAUUCAUCAUCAAAUUCUCAAUCAGGUUAUCCAGCAAAUACAAAUCAAGGUUUAAUGAAUAAAGAUAUAUAUAAUGCACCGGCCAAUACAAAUAAUAAUCAAUAUGGUCUUAACAGUAAUACUUAUGGUGGACAAAUGGGUGCAAAUACAAAUCCUCAGCAUAAUAAUUUAAACCCAAAUAAUCAAUAUAAUGCCAAUGCUGGUAGUGCAUAUAAUCAAAAUCGAGAUUAUAAUACUAACACCAAUAAUAAUGCUAAUACUAAUGCAUUUUCAAAUCCAAAUUCACCAUAUUUUUAUAAUAAUGAUGGUCAUCGAAUGAUGACCUCAUAAACAAUAAAAGUUAACAACGACUUGGGACCAGUUAUCGGUAUUGAUCUUGGAACAACAUAUUCCUGCGUAGCUGUUUUCAAUUCUUCUCGUGUUCAAGUUAUUGAAAAUGAUAACGGUAAUCGAAUAACACCAUCUUAUGUUGCCUUUACAUUGACUGGUGAACGACUCAUUGGUGAUGCUGCUAAAAAUCUACUUUCAUCGAAUCCUCAAAAUACAAUAUUUCAUAUAAAACGAUUAAUGGGUCGUGAAUUUGAUGAUCCAUCGAUACAAGAAGAUAUAAAACAUUUUCCAUUUUCCAUUUUCCGUUUUUCGAAAGGAUGA